GGUGGCUGCAGCAUGUUAUGGGUAUGCUUGUAAUCAUUAGAGACUGGGGAGUUUUUCAGAAUAUAAAAGAAAUAUAAUGGGGGUAUGAAUACUUUCUGAAGGUCUACUUACAUAAUUAUUGAGAUUCUAGAAUGUAAUGCUUUGUUUAUGUUAUGUAUUUCUGUACUAUAACUUCAUAUGGUCUUCAAAAAACUUGCAAGCUUUGCAACCUAAUCUGAUAUUGAAAUGUGAAAUCUUACAUUUUUCACAGAAAAAAAAGAAAUUUGUCAUGGCUUCCUUUUUGGACGUUGCUUUGAAGGAGGUACAGUAUAACACUGUGGUAUUAUCAGUGGAAAUGCACCAUUUGUGAUAGAAAUUAUUUUCUUUUGACAAAAAUGUAUGUUCUAAUUUCCCUGACUUAAUCAGUAUGGGUUUAUUGCACUGAUAUUGAUUUAUAUUUAAGAUGUAUGUAUGGGUGUCCAUUCUACUAUGCCAUAUCAAUGGGAGGUGGAGAAUGGACUUGGUUGGUCAUGUAUCUCAGAGAAUGAGGGCAUUGAGAGAGACUACUGUGACCCAGCAAAGACCGAGAGGUAUCUAUUUUAAACCGAGACAAUUACUAAAUGUGUAAAAAUGAAGUAAAAGCCUUGAAAGUGUUUUUUUAUGCCCUAGCCAUGGAAUCCCACCGGUGAACUUUAUCCUCAUGAUCCGCGGUCACAGCAAAGUUCGGCGACUUGCUACGGUUUCCUCCCUGGACCAACCAGAAGCUGCCCUUGCUACCGAGUGGACUUGGUACUGGGAAGAAGAGGAUGAAUGCUGGAACGUAUUUUGGUCAUCAACUGUGGAGGACCUAGAGGGUGUACAGUGAUCCCUCUCUUGGCUCAGUGUUUGAGUUCACUGCAGGACGACACACCUAUGAAGUCAAUUUGGAAGACAUGAUCCAGAGUAACAAGAGCUCACACACCCAAAGACUGCAUGUCUAAUACCAACACUUCGAUUGUGCCACCUUACUGGGACCAGUCUCGAUUGCCUGGGAACGGCUUUGAGAUGGUUUUGUUGCCAAGCUCAACAGCUGAACACAAAGACAUUAAGGCCUGUUUUGAGAAAACCGCUGUGGGGUUUCACAUACUCACCAUUGAGAGAGUACAAAACCUUUACCAAUGGAACUUCUAUGAGCUGCAAAGAGAUCAGAUGAAAUCCUCAGGGACAAGCAUCAUGGAGAAACAGCUUUUCCAUGGAACUGUCUCUGAACAUGUUGACAGAAUUUGCAAAGACAACUUUGACUGGAGAGUAUGCAGAAACAAUGACAUUCCCUAUGGAAAAGGAAAUUACUUUGCCAGGGAUGCUAGUUACUAUACCAGCCAGUCCGGAGUGAGGUCCAUGUUUGUUUGUCGUGUGCUGGUUGGAGACUACACUGUGGGAAACUCCAGCUGUCGGACACCACCUCUUAAAGAAACAGGAGGAUCCAUCGCCUAUGACAGCUGUGUGGACAACAUCCAAGAGCCGCAUGUGUUCGUAGUUUUUAAAAAGUCUCAGAUUUACCCUGAAUACCUUAUAAAGUUUUAAAACCAUGCUCCCAACCCAAAUCCCUUGGUUUAACCAAACCCAACUGCCAAGCCAAAUCCUGCUUAAUUGCCAAAACUACAAUGGCAGGGGGAGCACAGACUUUAUAAGGAUGAGUCUUGUCCUUGAGGCAGAACCGAGCAAUUUCCACUAGAUGGGCCAGCUGCAAAGUUAAAAUUGGCUAUAUUAUAAUUCAUGGAAACAAAAAGUAGCCUUUUGGUCAUAUUUUAAGGUUAGGGUUAGGUAUAAUGGUUACCAGUGUGGUUAAGGUUAGGGUUAAUACAUUUUAAAUCAGAUUUUAUGACUUUGUGUAUGUGUCAGCUGGUGAACACUGCAGAGCUGCCUACAGAACAAAAAAUGCUCACCUGCAUGGUGGCUUGACCCAGAGACAUCAUUUCCAUGGGCAUGUGUCCCCUCAGAUAUGUUCAAUAUACACUACAAAUGCUGAUGCUCCAGAUACUCAACUAGUCUAAAGAAGGCCAGUGUUUUUGCUUCAUUAAUCAAAACAACAGUUUCAGCUGUGCUAACAUAAUUGCAAAAGGGUUUUCUAAUGAUCAAUUAGCCUUUUUAAAAUGAUAAACUUGAUUAGCUAUCACAACGUGCCAUUGGAACACAGGAGUGAUGGUUGCUGAUAAUGGGCCUCUGUACGCCUAUGUAGAUAUUCCAUUAAAAAUCAGCUGUUUCCAGCUACAACAGUCAUUUACAACAUUAACAACAUGUCUACACUGUAUUUCUGAUCAAUUUGUUGUUAUUUUAUAGGACAGAAAAUAUGCUUUUCUUUCAAAAACAAGGACAUUUCUAAGUGACCACAAACAUUUGAAUGGUAGUGUAUAUAUAUAUAGUGCAUUGGAAAAGUAUUCAGACCCCUUCCCCUUUUCCACAUUUUGUUACG